UGCUGAAUGUCACAGAGAGCUUCUGGGAGGAGAGAAAUUGCCCUGAUUCAAAAUCUCACCUUACUGCUUUUUGGUUGUACCCGAGUUAGUUGCUGCCUCCUCAUAAAACUUCUGUGUUCUCAUCUGGAAAAAGGGAGAUUCAGGCUAAUUAGAGAGUAAGGCAUCUUGCAAGAGGAGAAAGGUUUAGGAAACUCCAGCUAGCAGGAAGCAAGCCAGCAUGUCUUGGGUGCUGUGGUUUUUACCUUUCCUGUAAUCUUCACAGCAACCCUGAGAGGUAGGGUGGGUAAUUCUUUACACUUUGCAGAGGAGAAAACCAAGACUUCAAGGUUGCACAGAUAGGAAGUGGUAGAGUCAGGCUUAGAAUUUGCCAGUCUGACUCUGGAAUCAAUGGACUUUGGAUAUAGAACAAGAAAUCUGGGAUUCAUCUUCAGCCAACUAAGUCAGCCUGAACUUCCUUCCUUUUUCCUCCUUCUUCCCUCCUACCUCUUUUCCUCCCACCCUCUUCCUUCCCUUCCUUUUUUCUUUCUUUCCAUUCUUCAAGCAUCUAUUUGUUCCAGACACCAAAUGGCCAGUUGGCUGGAGAUCUAUCUGGGAUUCAGAAAACAAGCUCAGUUGGCAUGGAGUUACUUGGGCAGGAAUAUAAUGCAAGGGAGAGAAGACUAUGGGAGCCCUUGUCUGGGUGUUUGCUCUGAGUCUACAUCCCUUGUGCCUACCCUCUUUUAAUAAGGUUGCUGUCACAGGAAACAACCAAUACUCUGCCAUGUUUCCUAAACUUCCUGAAUUAUAGCAGCUACCUAGAGAAUGUGGCAAAUAUACAGAUUCUCAGGCCCUUCUCAGACCGCUGGAAUCAGAAUUGCCAAGUGCGGAUCCUGGGAAUCUGUAUUUUUAUUAAGCAGCUGAUGUUUUUUUAAUUGGGCAAAUUUGGGAAGAAGAGCAGAAACUAGAACCUGGGAAUUUUGAAUUUAAGGUUCUGCACAAUCCUUACUAGAACCUUAAUUUCCUACUCUGUAAGAACAUUACCCACAUGGGGCUGUCCUGCCACCCAAAAGGGCAAUAAAUGCAGAUCUCAAGAAUGUCCCUUCACCCCACCCCACGUUCUCAUGGAUUAUCAUCCUUUAUCCUCCCCUGUCAGGACCCCCGAGGCUCAUGUCUCCCUUUCUUCAUCCUCUCCAGCUUGACGGGGCGGGAGAUCCUAACGUCCUUCCCAGGGCUGGACACCGAGGCAGCCCCAACACAGGGCAGUGCCCACCUGAAGCAGUGUGACCUGCUGAAGCUGUCCCGCCGGCAGAAGCAGCUGUGCAGGCGGGAACCUGGCCUGGCUGAGACCCUGAGGGAUGCAGCACACCUUGGCCUGCUCGAGUGCCAGUUCCAGUUCCAGCAGGAGCGCUGGAACUGCAGCCUGGAGGGAAGGACUGGCCUGCUCAAGAGAGGUUUCAAGGAGACAGCCUUCCUGUAUGCAGUGUCCGCGGCCGCCCUCACCCAUGCACUGGCCCGGGCCUGCAGUGCUGGGCGAAUGGAGCGCUGCACCUGCGAUGACUCCCCAGGCCUGGAAAGCCGGCAAGCCUGGCAGUGGGGUGUGUGUGGUGACAACCUCAGGUACAGCACCAAGUUUCUGACCAACUUCCUGGGCCCCAAGAGAGGAAGCAAGGACCUGCGGGCUCGGGCUGAUGCCCACAACACCUAUGUGGGCAUCAAGGCGGUGAAGAGUGGCCUCCGGACCACCUGCAAGUGCCACGGAGUGUCAGGAUCCUGUGCUGUGCGCACCUGCUGGAAGCAGCUCUCCCCAUUCCGUGAGACAGGCCAGGUGCUGAAGCUGCGCUAUGACUCAGCUGUCAAGGUGUCUAGUGCCACCAACGAGGCUUUGGGCCACCUGGAGCUGUGGGCACCUGCCAAGCCAGGUGGCCCUGCCAAAGGCCUGGCACCCCGGCCGGUUGACCUGGUCUACAUGGAGGACUCCCCCAGCUUCUGCCGGCCCAGCAAGUAUUCUCCAGGCACAGCUGGCAGGGUGUGUUCCCGGGAGACCAGCUGCAGCAGCUUGUGCUGUGGGCGUGGCUAUGACACCCAGAGCCGCCUGGUGGCCUUCUCCUGCCACUGCCAGGUUCAGUGGUGCUGCUAUGUGGAAUGCCAGCAGUGCAUGCAGCAGGAGCUUGUGUACACCUGUAAGCGCUAGGCACUGCAUGGUGAGCCAGCCCAUGCUGCCAGGACCUUGGCCCUGUGGAACAGCUGUACACAAUGUGUAUGGACAAUGAUGGACAUGCCUGUGCACAUGUGUGCCACUCCUCACUUUUCUGUCCCCACUCCACCCUUGGCCAGCCUCUUGCCUCCCAUAGUACUCAGCAAACUGAAGCAAAGUGUCCUCCCCUGAGUCCAAGGGUCUCCAACCUUGUUGAGGAUUUGGAGCAGAAGAGCAUAGUAGGAAGCAAUAUGGAGGGAAAUAAAGGAGACCUAGAGGAGGGCAGGAGUGAGGUUGUGGAGAGAAGGAGGGGUAUCCUGCCAUCUCCCAUUCCCAGGAUGCGUGGCCCAGAGCCAGCAAGCCGCUGGGAUUAUGCAGGAGAAACAGUGCCAGCUGGAAGCCUAGGCAGGCGCCCAGCUGGGAUGGGUAGGUUCAGUCCUCUGGCCCUGCUCGGAUUGCAGUGUGAGGUCUGGGUGCCAUACAUCCACACUACUCUGGUGGUGGUGCUAGGAGCUGUUUGGAGCAAGGAAAUCUUUCUGGGUUUAGUGGAAUCAAGUUAGAUCCAUGCCCUUGAGCCUCAUGUCCUUGAUUUGAUUUUUCAAACCUAGUUGCACUGAGACUUCAUUCUUUUCUCCAUAGCUGAAUUUCUCACAGCUAUCCAGCUCUGUUCAAUGAGACUUCUAGGCAGAUGAGAAUGGUGGGAGAGCUAGCUGCCAGAGUGGGACUCAAACAGUGUACCUGCAGCUGGGGAAGAAGACAGUGAGCCCUUUCCGUUUUCCCUGGUAGUCAAAGCAAACUGAUGGCAACCCAGAGGAGGGUAACGGUCACUUGGUGCCAGCAGGGAUGCAGCAAGGUCAGUGUAUCAGCUUGCCCUGGAGUGUAUUCUGGCCGGCCCCUGUGGCUGUGGUCCACCUGGGCUGGGAGGCCCCACAGCUGCUGACAUUCGUGUUGCUGAAGGACCUUAGACUCAUGAUCUGUGGUUCUGGUUACAUGUCUGUUCUCAUGGCUGCUUGUCUAAUUCAGGCUUUUGUCCCGGCAGAGUCUGCUAGGCCUGCCUUCUUGGUGGCCCCUUCAUUUAGUAAUAGCCCCUUACUUGGGCCCCAACUUGAGGAAUAGAAGUGACUUUGCUAACUAACUUCCUUGGACCUGUGGACAUUUCCAGUACUACCUUCCAAGACCCUGAGUAGAAGGAGAAAAGAAACUGCAUCCAUUUGUAGGCACACACAGAUGCCUGCACCACUGGGAUCAGGUAGAGGGUUUCCAGGGAGCAGUGCACAUCUCUGUCCCAGGACAAAGAUCUUGCAGGGGUCAGUUUGCUGGAGGCUGUAUGCUUCCCAAGAGCAGAGCCUGAGGCCAGCAGGGGGGACGUGACCUCCUUUGGGAAGUUUAUAGCUGCUUGGCUGGCCUGCUGUGCCCUCUUGUACGCUUCCUUUCUCCCUGAACCCCGGGCUGCUGACCCUCUGCAGCAACAGGAAAUCCAGAAUCAGCCAAGUGCACAGAACCCUUAGCAAUUCCAGCUCCAGGAAGCAGGCCAGUGGCUGGGCCCAACAGCCUCCCUGAGACCUUCACAGCCACAGGAGCCACCCUCUUUGGUGACUUAAGGCAGUCUGGGAAUGCUGGAAGGAUCUCUGAUGGUAGAGCCAAACUGACUUGACACCCCUUGCGAGAAUGACUUUGCUGACCCUGGCAGCUGGCCCACAUCUUAGCCCAAGGAGAAAAAAGGGUUGCAGCCUGGUUUUCUAGUUUUGUUCCACUCUUCUCUGUGUGGAAACUUGUUCUUUGCCAGCCUGAUCCAUCUUGCUGCUCUGUGACUCCAACACUGCCUCUACCUUGGCUCAGCCCUGGGCUGCACUGGCAGAAAGGCACUUGGAAGCAAUGUGAGGGCUAAGGCACCCUGAUCCACUACCACUCCAUCUGCAUCCCAACUCUAUGGCUGUUAGGGCUGGGGUUGCAGAAGGAUAAAGGGUAGACUCAGAUGACCUAGGUCAUGGCUGGCCAUUAACACUGACACCCAUGUCACUGACCCCUCAGCUUGUGGGGAUCCUCUUUGUCCAGCCCUCCCUCUCCCUUUCUCUUCAUGCUUCCAACUCUUUCUCUCCCUGUUAUCCCUAAAGAGCCAUUUAGCUCUUCUGGGGCCCCUGGGGUCCAGAGUGACCAAUAACCCCUCAUUCUGUAGCUUUAAGGGAGAUGCUUACAGGGUAUUUUUGUCUACCUCACAUAUAUAGUUUUUAGGGCAAAAGAGAAUAUUUAUAUAGCUAAGAUAUAUGGGAAAGUAUUUAUGUUAUUUAUAUAGUUUCUCUUUCACAGGCAGCACAUGUGGAGUUUGUGUUUCCCCAGAAGCCCUCUGACCAGGGAAAUACAGCUUGGCCUGACUGGGGCCCCCACUGAGCUAGAUGCCCGAUGACUGGGGAAGGUCGCAAUAGCUCAGUGUCCCAUGAUCUGUCUUGGAACUGAGCAUGCAUCUCUUUUGUGAUGUGCCCUCCUGGCUUGAUCUGGAUCCUCCUUGCAGAGUCUCUGCUCCUCUGGGUCCCAGGCCCCCUUCUUUAGCUCUGGCAAAAUUAUUUUGCUCAUAAUAAUAAUGACAACAAGAAUGACCACACCUGGCAUUUGUAAAGCACUUUCCCUUUUCAGAAACACUUUUAGCUCUUUAGUCACUUGAUUUCUCCAUUAUCCUUGGGAGGUGGUUGGGGCUACAUCACUGUGCCCGUUUUUGAGAUGAGACCCAGAGAUGGAGGUCUGUGCUCAAAGUCACACAGCAGGGAAUUGUUCCAUGAAUAUUCAUGGAAUGUCUACAUGGACCUGGCCCUGGGGGAGCUGACUUACCCUGAGCCUGGGGGCCAACGCCUGAAUACCAGCCUAAGCCCAGAAACAGGAAAAUGGCUACUUUCCUCACUGUGUGACUCUGGCCUUUUGAAUCUGGAUAGCAUGUCAGCAUUUCCAAGUGGAGUCCCAUGUUUCUGGAACUAGAACUGCCUGAGGGGCCUGGAGAGACCCUAUGGAAGCCAUUCCAGUGGGUUCUUCUGUCCAUAUUGCCCAAAAAGGCUGGGCUACAUCACUGGGCCCCUCCAGCCCACAGAUGAGUUUUAUUUGCUCUUGUUUGAAAUUUUCUUUUUUAAAAUAUAUUGUUUCCUGCUGAAUUUCUGUGUGUGUGUGUGUGUGUGUGUGUGUGUGUGUGUGUGUGUGUGUGUAUUUCCUUGAAAAUUCAGUCCCAUUUGUAAACUGGGCCUUCAUUCCCAACUGGCCACAGUAAGCCAGUGCAAGGGAUAAGAUGCAUGGAGGCUCUCCAAUUUGCUAAGUGCCCCCUGCCCCAGCCCUCCUCAUUCAUGAAUGUUCUUGCCAGGCUGUCAUGGGCACAGAAAGUCUGCCCCCUGCUCUAGUUAACCCCAGGUGCCCUGGAAUCCUCUAUUGCCUGGCAGACAGAUGGACAGAGACCCAUACUAAACCUGGAGUUUAUUUCUUGUUUUCCAAAGUUUCCUUUCCCAAGAACCAUGAACUUCCAUUGCUUUUUGUCCCAGCACAUUUUAUGGUAGCUAUCAUUUGUUAAGUGCCCACUACAUCCAUCUGUGAUUAUGAUGUUCCUAUUGAAUGCCAGGCACCCCCCUGGGUACUGAGGUACCAUAGUAUAUAAGACCAAGUGGGGCUGAUAUCCUGGUGGUGGAAAGACAACCAAUAAAAAACUUCA